GCGCACAUGUUUUGGUUUUUUUGUUAAGCAAAAUAUCAACUGGUCAAAUUGUUUACAGUUUACCAGUUUACAAGAUGAAGGUGAAAAUGAUAAGUCGCAACCCGGACAACUAUGUCCGGGAAACCAAGCUGCAACAACACAAAGUUCCACGCAACUACGAUCCGGCGCUGCAUCCGCUGGAGGGUGCCAGGGAAUAUGUGCGCGCACUGAAUGCCACCAAAUUGGAUCGCGUAUUUGCCAAGCCUUUUGUGUGCAAUUUGAGCGGUCACCGCGAUGGCGUCGCCUGCUUUGGCAAACAUCCCAAGCUGCUGUCAACAUUGGCCACUGGCGCCUACGAUGGCGAGGUUCGCAUCUGGGAUUUGGCCAACCGGACCAGCGUGCGUAGCUUUGUGGCACACGAUGGCUUUGUACGUGGCAUUGCAUAUGCGCGCAAUGGGGAACGUUUGUUUACCGUGGGCGAUGACAAAACGAUUAAAGUGUGGAGCUCACAGGCGCCAGAUGUGGGCCAGGAAGAGGAGCCGGUUAACACAAUACUAAGUCGUCAUAUUUUGCAUGGCAUUUCGCACAAUCGCAAGGACAACAGCUUUGCCACAUGCGGCGAGGUGUGCGCCAUUUGGGAUGAGAAGCACAACGAUCCCAUCAAGACGCUCAAAUGGGGCGUGGACACGCUGCACACCAUCUCCUAUAAUCCUGUGGAAACAAAUGUGCUCGCCUGCUGUGCCAGCGAUCGCAGCAUUAUUUUGUACGAUCAACGCGAGGCGCAGCCGCUGCGCAAAGUUGUCUUGACCAUGAAAAGCAACAAACUGGCCUGGAAUCCAAUGGAGGCGUUCAACUUUACCGUCGCCAACGAGGAUUGCAAUCUCUACACAUUUGAUACGCGCACGCUACGGACGCCGCUUAAGGUUCACUUUGACCAUGUUUCCGCUGUGACGGACGUGGACUAUGCGCCCACGGGCCAGGAGUUUGUCUCGGCCAGCUAUGACAAGACUGUGCGCAUCUAUAAUGCACAUCAAAGCCACUCCCGUGAUAUUUAUCACACCAAGCGAAUGCAGCAUGUGGUGUGCGUUGCCUGGUCACUGGACAAUCGCUACAUUUUCUCCGGCUCCGAUGAAAUGAAUGUGCGCAUGUGGAAGGCGAAUGCCUCAGAGAAGCUUGGCAUCGUACGUCCGCGCGAGCGUGCCAACUUCAACUAUCAGGAGGCACUCAAGGAAAAAUUUGCAGCCCAUCCGCAAAUCAAACGCAUAGCGCGCCACCGACAGGUGCCGCGACAUGUGCUCAAUGCGCAGAGGAAGAUGCGUAUGGUCAAGGACAAGGAGCUGGUCAAGGAGGCCAAUGUGCGCAAGCACUCCAAGAAGGGCAAGGUGCCAUUUGUCAGCGAAAAGAAGAAGCAUGUACUGCGAGAGGAUGUUUAAUAAUUUUAGUUGGUCUAGUGUUAACAAUAUGCAAAUACAAUUCAAAUU